AUGUCUAAGACCAAGUCCGUUACUAAGAAGGGUGGCGACAAGCCUGUUGACAAGGCCUUGAGCAAGGUCAAGGACGCUGGCGUCUCCAAGUCGUCUCAGUCUCCUAAGGCCAAGAGCAAGCAGAUUGCUCGUGAGCUCGCUUCUAAGGAGAAGUCCAAGCGCAAGAAGAAGGAGCCUACUCCUAGCAGCAGCUCCGAGUCUGAGAGCGAUGAGGAGAUGGAGUCUUCCAGCUCCAGCAGCGAGAGCGAGGAGGAGAAGCCCGCCAAGAAGGAGGUGAAGAAGGCUAAGAAGGAGGCUGAGUCCUCUUCCGAGUCGGAAUCUGACAGUGAUGAGGAGAUGAACGAUGCUUCCAGCAGCGAGAGUGAGAGCGAGGACGAGAAGCCUGCCAAGAAGGUUGCUAAGAAGGCCGAGUCUUCCUCCGAGUCCGAAGACUCUGAGUCUGAGGAGGAGGAGAAGGUCACCAAGAAGGAGGUCAAGGCUAAGGCCGAGUCUUCUGACUCGGAUUCCGACUCUUCUGACUCUGAGGAGGAGGCCCCCAAGAAGGCCACCAAGGAGUCGAGCGAUAGCUCUGAUUCUGAGUCUGACUCUGACAGCGAGGAUGAGGCUCCUGCCAAGGCUAAGAAGGCUGAGAAGGAAUCUUCUGAGGAUUCCGAUGACUCUUCCGAUGACUCUUCCGACUCUGAGGAGGAGAAGCCCUCCAAGAAGCGCAAGGCCGAGGAGGAGUCUGCUUCCACCCCGAAGAAGUCUAAGCAGGCUGAGGAGGAGACUGGCGCCUCUGCCAACCUUUUCAUUGGCAACCUGUCCUGGAACGUUGAUGAGGAUUGGCUCCGCCAGGAGUUCGAGACCUUCGGAGAGCUCUCGGGCGUCCGUAUCGUCACUGACCGCGACUCCGGUCGCUCCCGUGGUUUCGGUUAUGUCGAGUAUGUCAGCGCUGCUGAUGCCGCCAAGGCCUACAAGGCCAAGAAGGACACCGAACUCGACGGUCGCAAGAUCAACCUUGACUACGCCACCGGUCGUCCUGCCAACAACCAGCAGGGCGGCGGUUUCCAGGACCGCGCUCAGGCUCGUGCCCGUUCUUUCGGUGACCAGUCAAGCCCCGAGAGCGACACUCUGUUCGUUGGCAACCUCCCAUUCAGCGCCAACGAGGACUCCGUUCAGGAGCUCUUCGGCGAGAAGGGCUCCAUUGUUGGCAUCCGUCUGCCCACCGACCCCGACUCGGGUCGCCCUAAGGGUUUCGGCUAUGUCCAGUUCGCCUCCGUCGAUGAGGCUCGUGAAGCCUUCAACAGCCUCAACGGUGCCGAGCUUGACGGUCGUCCCGUCCGUCUGGACUUCAGCACUCCCCGUCCCAGCAACGGUGGUGCCCCUGGUGGCGGCCGUGGCGGUGGCCGUGGUGGUGGCCGUGGCGGCUUCGGUCGCGGUGGUCCUCGCGGCGGCGGUGGCCGUGGUGGCCGUGGUGGCCGCGGCGGCUUCGGUGGUCGCGAUGGUGCUCCUAACAAGGCUCGCGGUGGUAUCCCUGAGUACAAGGGCACCAAGGUUACUUUCUAA